UGAGACUUCCGGUGUGCCAUAAUAAUACCGCUGCGCGUAUUUCAGGCGGUGGAGAGUGGACGCUGAUGGGGGACGAAAAGGAGACCUGGAAAGUUAAAACUCUUGACGAAAUCCUACAAGAAAAAAAACGCAGAAGAGAAUUAGAAGAGAAAACGGAUCCCAAGCACCAGAAAAAUAAGUUAUACAUUAAAAUGUCCUCUCAGGGCCUUGUUCCACAGUCGGAUGAUCGGGAGACCAAACGAGAUACCCCGGAGGAAGGAGAACUACGGGAUCAAAAGAUGGAAAUAACAAUUCGUAAUUCCCCGUACACACGGGAGGACUCAACAGAAGACAGGGCCGAAGAAGAUGACUCAUUAGCAAUCAAGCCACCACAGCAAAUAGCAAGAAAAGACAAGUCUCACCACAGAAAGGAGGAGAAGAGAAAAGAUAAAAGACGUCACCGCAGUCACUCUGCUGAAGGAGCAGGGAAACAUGUUCGACCCAAAGAGAAAGAAAAAGAGCGAGAAAGCGACCGCAGGAACCGUCAGUGGGAAGAAGACAAAGCCCGGAGAGACUGGGAGAGGCAGAAACGAAGGGAGCAGGCCAGAGCUCACUCGCGCAGAGAGAGUCAGACAGCCCUUUCCAACGAGGAACUGAAGCCGUUAUCUAAUCUCUCUUUAAUACCAUCAGACUCCAUUGACAAAAAACGACCCCGAUUGGAUUCUCCUGGGUUUUUUUUGGACCACAGGGACCGGCUGGAACAGCAGGAGCGCCAGCGUGAGCGAGACAGGAAGCUGCGCGAACAGCAGAAAGAGCAGCGGGAGCUGAAAGAGCGGGAGAGGAGGGCGGAGGAGCGGCGCAAAGAGCGAGGGGGGCGGCGAGAAGUGCCGUCCGCCCAUAGGCUAUUACCUGAAGAUUAUGAUGACAAGUCAAAACAAAGUCACCGCAGCCGAAGUCCCCCCCGCGUUCCCCGGGACAGAUCAGAUCUCAGCGAACCCAGGAAGAGUGGAAUUUCCCCGACAUCAUCAUCAUCAUCGUCUCAUACGCCUGCAGCCUCUAAGGAGGAGAAGCCGGAGGGCAAAGAUCCGCUGGCAGACCUCCAGGACAUCAGCGGCAGCGAGAGGAAGACCAGCUCAGGAGAGUCCUCCAUGGCAUCAGGAUCAGGAUCAGGCUCUGACGAAGAGGACGACAAUGACGAAGACGAGUCCAGCAGCCAGAGUGAGGUCGAAGAAGAGGAAGGAGAGUCUAUUUCAGGCUCAGGAAGGUCUGAGCACAGCGCAGAGGACGUGAGUGAGGACGAGCAGUCAGGGGAGGAAUUUGAAGAUGAGAGGGAAAAUGGGAAUCACGUACCUGCAGUGACAGAGUCCCGCUUCGAUCACGACUCCGAGGAGAGCGGUGAGGACAUGGAGGAAGAUGAAGACGGGGAGGACACGGCAGGAGAGGGCGACCCCACGCCUCAGUCUCAAACUCAUUCUCGCUCCCCCACCCCCGAAGAGAACUACAUCCCAGACUCGCCCCCGAUUUCACCUGUGGAGCUGAAGAAGGAGCUUCCCAAAUAUCUGCCUGCUUUACAGGGUUGUCGCAGUGUUGAGGAAUUCCAGUGCUUGAACCGAAUAGAAGAGGGAACCUACGGCGUGGUGUACCGAGCCAAGGACAAAAAGACGGAUGAAAUCGUGGCCCUGAAAAGGCUGAAGAUGGAGAAGGAGAAGGAGGGCUUCCCCAUCACCUCUUUGAGAGAAAUCAAUACAAUCCUGAAAGCUCAGCACCCAAACAUCGUCACAGUGAGGGAAAUAGUUGUUGGAAGUAAUAUGGACAAGAUCUACAUCGUGAUGAACUAUGUAGAACAUGACCUGAAGAGUCUGAUGGAAACCAUGAAGCAGCCCUUCCUGCCAGGUGAAGUGAAGACUCUGAUGAUCCAGCUGCUGCGAGGUGUCCGACAUCUCCACGACAACUGGAUCCUCCAUCGCGAUCUGAAGACGUCCAAUCUGCUGCUGAGCCACAAGGGGAUCCUCAAGAUUGGCGACUUUGGUUUGGCCCGGGAGUACGGCUCCCCCUUGAAGCCCUACACCCCCGUAGUGGUGACCCUGUGGUACCGAUCACCGGAGCUGCUGCUCGGAGCCAAGGAGUACUCUACAGCUGUGGACAUGUGGUCAGUGGGCUGCAUAUUUGGGGAGCUGCUCACCCAGAAACCUCUUUUCCCUGGAAAAUCUGAAAUCGACCAAAUUAACAAGAUAUUUAAGGAUCUGGGGUCACCCAGCGAGAAGAUCUGGCCCGGCUACAACGAGCUGCCCGCUGUGAAGAAAAUGACUUUCACAGAGUAUCCCUACAACAACCUGCGAAAGCGCUUUGGAGCGCUGCUCUCCGAUCAAGGCUUUGACCUCAUGAACAAAUUCCUCACCUACUGCCCCAGUAAGAGGAUUUUAUCGGACGAGGGGCUCAAACACGAGUACCUCCGCGAGACGCCGCUGCCCAUCGACCCGUCCAUGUUCCCCACCUGGCCCGCCAAGAGCGAGCAGCAGAGGGUGAAGAGAGGCACCAGCCCUCGCCCACCCGAGGGAGGCCUGGGCUACAGUCACCUGGGUGACGAUGACCUCAAAGACACAGGCUUCCAUCUGACGACCAGCAACCAGGGGGUGUCUGCAGUCGGUCCUGGAUUCAGCCUCAAAUUCUGAGCCCAGAAACAGCUGGACACCUGGCUGUCUGACAGAGCGAGAGCAAAGAAAGUUCUGUGAAUUGUUUCUUCUUUUGGAAUUGGACAGUGUCGCUGGUUUACAUCUGUGAACCAGAGCGAAAUCUGACCGGUUACAACUGUUACCAGAUAGUCAGGACUGUCUCACAGCAAGACUGGUGGCUCAAACAUGUUGAAUCUCCAGAAAUGUCCCUGCAACCUUUUCGGCUUCUAUGUUUUUUUUAAAACCAUUUCACCAUUUUAAACGUGGUUAUUUUAGCUCUUUACAGGAGACACAACCAUUCACCUUUUAGAAGUUUAGCUCUCAUGUUUUUUUUUAUUUUCCCUUUUUAUACUUCAUGAGGACCAGCUUUUCUAAAUGGUUGGUAUUUCCUGGCUGCCUGAGCUACUGUAUAACGAUGCUUUCAUCCAGCAUUAUGUUAGAAAUGUACUGUCAAUGUCACUCCAUGACGGGGGCGAUGUUAUUGCUCAAAAUAAAGUUUGAAACUUUG